UGAACAUGGCUACGCUUCGACGAUGCCGAUACCCGAUGAUAUGCGGACGGUCACAAAAAGGCCAAAGACGAAAAAAUCCCAGGGCAGCAGGACUACUCAUAACGAGUUGGAGAAAAAUAGGAGAGCGCACCUCAGAAAUUGCCUCGAAAAGCUGAAGAUACUGGUUCCGUUAGGUCCAGAAACCUCAAGACACACUACGCUGGGUCUCCUGACCAAGGCCAAGCGUUUUAUCAAGAGCCUGGAGGAGCGUGAACGCAAGCACGCGGUGCACAAGGAACAGCUGUCUCGCGAGCAAAGGUUCCUCAGGCGACGGCUGGAGCAGCUGACGAGCCAGACGGGCAUUCACGGGCUCCACGAGCUACACGAGCUACACGGGCUCCAUGGGCUGAGCUCGAGCGCGCCGACCGGUUCGUCAUGCGGCCCUGGAUCGGCCGCGGCCGCUGCCACCGCGGCGUUACUCUCGAAACGGCGCAGCGUGUCCGAGUGCUCGCUCGGCACCGCCUCUUCCACCAGCUCCACGGCCAGCUCCAGGAACUCCGACAGGUCUGCGGGCAGUCCAUCCGUCUCGGAGUCCGAUGAAGUAGACGUGAUCGGUUAUACGAGCAACCAGUCGGACACCGAUGAUCACAGCAGCGUGCAGAGCAGCAGCGACAGUGGCGUCGCAAUGUCCACCUCCAGGCUGACCCUUUCCGAAAUGAUGGACAAUCUUUAGACAAAGAGAUGGCGCGGUGGCGGCGGCGGCGGAAGAAAGUGGAGGGGGAGAACUUGGGGUCGCGGAAGAAGGCGAAGAAGAACCGGAGGUUGAAGAAAACCAGGCGAAGAACGGGCCAGAGGAGGGGGUGGGAGGGAGGUUUGGAUGCAGAUGGAAGAAGGAACGAGCGAGGAGCAGGAAAAGAAGAACAAGAAAGGGCGAAAGAAGCCGUCGGAGCGUGCGAAGAUCGACGGCAAGCGCGAACUAUCAGCUCGCGUAUACGCUGCGCGCACGCACCCCUUUUCUACCCUCUACGGGGGUCACAUGUUAGCCGAACGAUCCAGGGAAAAAGAAGAAGCUUCGAGGGGGUGGGGGCACGUUGAAGCGGUGUGUGUGCACGCGUAUACGAUCUCAUACAGGUGGUGGUCUCUGCGAGGAGCACGUGGAAGAAACAACAACCAAUGAAAAAAAAGAAAAAAAACAAUGGAAACGAAACCUGUCGGAGGAACGAAAGUGGAAGGGAUGGGGUAACUUUGGAAUUCGAGGAAACUGACUGGGCACGGAGAAUGAAGAUAUCGGGAAAAGCCACCCUUGUCUCAGAGAGAAAGAGAGAGAGAACUACGUCCAAAAUGGAAUCCUCGAGGAAGAAUCGCGUACAAAAUGGCGGAUCGCGAGACGGAAUAUACGAUGUAAAUUGACGACGAUGUAACUGUACAUAUUUUUAAGGGAGACCAAAUUUAUCGAGAGGUGGUAGAAUAUCUUAAGCGGGGAAAAUUCCGGGGGCGUUUCUUUCUCGACGGAUUGCCCUUCGUGAACGCGGGGGUGGGUGGACGAAGUAUCGAAGUUUUGUUU